AGUGUUGCAGGUGCUCUGUCUCAGCGAGAGAGGAUGCGAAAGGAGUGCAGGGGAGGGAUAGAGAGAAGGAAAGCGCCGGUGAAAAAGUCAGCAGUAUGGUGCAGGGCAUGAUUAAAAUGAUAUCAACAGCAGCAGAUAGCGCGUUUAUUGACCUGGGGGCUCCGCAAUGAAAGGUUUAUUGCAAGGGACACUUUGAGAUAUGAUGAGGUUUCUUUCUGGUUGGUAAUAGUACUAUGAUUUGGUAUGUGGCCACUUUGAUAGCAAGUGUAUUCAGCACCCGAGGAACGGCAGCUCAAGGUGCCCACGGCGUGCGAGAGGAGCCCCAGUUUGUGACAACGCGCGCUGGAGAGAACGUCAUCCUGGGAUGCGACGUGGCCCACCCCCUGAACGGCCAGCCCUAUGUGGUGGAAUGGUUCAAGUUCGGAGUGCCCAUCCCCUUCUUCAUCAACUUCCGCUUCCACCCGCCUCAUGUGGACCCGGAGUACGCCGGCCGAGCCAGUCUGCACGGCAAAUCUUCUCUGCGGAUUGAGAWUGUGCGCUCAGACGACCAGGGCUGGUAUGAGUGUAAGGUCCUGAUGUUGGAGCAGCAGUACAACACCUUUCACAACGGCAGCUGGGUGCACCUCACAGUAAAUGCUCCCCCCAAUUUCACGGACACGCCGCCACUGUACGUUGAGGCCAAGGAAGGCGGCAGCAUCACCCUGAGCUGCGUUGCUUCCGGCAACCCCAAGCCCUCCAUCAACUGGCUCCGGGAGGGCGAGCCCGUGGAGGACAGCAUCAAGUACAAGGUGUCUGAUGGGAGUCUGACGGUGCUGUUGGUCAGGCGCGAGGACAGAGGGGCGUACACCUGCCGAGCCUACAGCAUCCAGGGGGAGGUUGUCCACACCACACGCCUGCUUGUCCAAGGGCCACCGUUCAUCGUGUCCCCUCCCCAGAACCUGACGGUGAACAUAUCCCAGGCCGCCAAGCUGGACUGCCUGGCCGAGGCCUACCCUGGCAACCUCACCUACACCUGGUUCUGGGAGGACGACAACGUCUUUUUCAAGAAUGGCCUGAGGGACAGGGUCAGUAUUCUGGUGGACGGCUCGCUCAUCAUUGGCAGUGUGAAGCCAGAGGAUGCUGGGAGAUUCACCUGCAGCCCCAGCAACAGCCUGGGCCGGCCCCCAUCCGCCUCGGCCCAGCUCACAGUGCAAUACCCUGCCCGUGUCAAAGACAUGCCACCUGCCAUCUACGUGGCCAUCGGCCUGCCAGGYUUCAUCCGCUGCCCGGUGGACGCCAACCCACCCGCCACGCUGGUCAAGUGGACCAAAGAUGGCAACCCUCUCCGGAUAGAGAAGUACCCUGGUUGGAGCCAAAUGGAGGACGGGAGCAUCCGCGUGACUGAAGUGACGGAUGACUCUCUGGGCACCUACACCUGCAUGCCUUACAACGCCCUGGGCUCUGAGGGUUGGUCCGAUCCCACUCCCCUGGUGCUAAAGGAUCCCCCCAAGUUCUCGAUUGUUCCCGGAGGGGAGUACAGGCAGGAGGCUGGGAGAGAACUGGUCAUCCCCUGUGCGGCUGAGGGAGAAUUUCCCUAUCCCAACAUCACAUGGAGGAAGGUAUGGAAGCCCAGCAAAAGCAAGCACAAUGUCCUCCCUCAGCAGCUUACAGUCAAGUCCCUAAGCAAGGAGGACCACGGGGAGUGGGAGUGUGUGCCCACCAACGUCGCCACGAGCAUCACUGCCAGCACACACCUCCUAGUUAUUGGCACAAGCCCCCACGCCCCGGCCGACAUCCAUGCGGCGGUCUCCACCACCUGGGCCAACGUGUCAUGGGAGGCUGGCUACGACGGCGGCUUUGAGCAGACAUUAUCAGUCUGGGUGAAGAGGGAGCAGCUGGGCCCACAUGAUUGGCUGUCUAUAGCCGUGCCUUCUGGCCAGACAUGGCUGGUAGUGCCCGGCCUGGAGCCCCAGACGGCCUACCAGUUCAGUGUCCUUGCGCAUAACAAGCUGGGCACGGGCCCCUUCAGCGAGGUCGUUACUGUGAACACACUAGUUUUUCCUAUAAGUACCCCUGAACCACUGGUGCUGCUUACCCCACCACGAUGCCUCAUAGCCAAUCGAACGCAGCAGGGCGUCUUGCUCAUGUGGAUCCCGCCAGCCAACCACACGGCUCCGAUCGAGCGCUACGUCAUGGAGUUCCGCCUAGGGGAGAGGUGGGAUGUCCUGGAUGAUGCCAUCCCCGCUGGAGAGACAGAGCUGCUAGCCAGAGAUCUCAUUCAGGAGGCGUGGUAUGAGUUCCGGGUCAUAGCAGUCAUGGAGGAACUGGUCAGCGAGCCCAGUAACACAGUAGGAGUGUCCAGUACAGACUUCUUCCCACCCCCGGAAAUGGUGGAUGAGGGGGGGCUGGCGCGGCCGGUGGUGGCUGGCAUCGUGGCUACCAUCUGUUUCCUGGCAGCUGCUGUCCUCUUUAGCACACUGGCAGCCUGCUUCGUCAACAAGCAGCGCCGACGAAAGCUCAAGAGGAGGAGAGACCCCCCUCUCUCAAUAACACACUGCAGAAAAAGUGUGGAAACUCCGUUCUCCUCUGGUAAGGUGAGUCCGGAGAGCAUGCGUUCCAUGGGACAACCAUCAGAGUGUUCUGAGGACGGGCAUGGCAUGAGCAUGAAGAAGAUCCCCCCGAGUCCUGCGAAGAAGGAAGAACUCUCCCUGUACAAGAAAACCAAGCGAGCAAUAACGAGCAAAAAGUACAGCGUCUCCAAGUAUGAAAUGGAGGCAACCACGCCCAUCGAGCUGAUCAGCCGAGGCCCUGACGGACGCUUCGUCAUGGACCCCAGCGACAUGGAGAUGAUUUCCGUCAAUCCCCGGCGAAUUGAGGGCUUUCCCUUCGUCGAAGAGUCAGACCGCUAUCCCGAAUUCCGCCAGUCGGAUGAGGAGAACGAUGAUCCCGGGCCCAUACCCCCCGUCAUGGCAACCCUUCGACCUCACCAAAUCUCCCCCAUCUCCAGCCAGGAGUCUUACCUGCAGCCACCAGCCUACAGCCCCCGCUUUCAGAGGCCCAUGGAAGGUAUGACCAUCAUGGAGAGCAGUCGGCUCGAGGCCACGGGGCAGAUCCAAGGCUCCCUGCACCACAGAGCCUUCCCCCACAGCCACGGUCACUUCUACGGGUACCUUGGCAGCCCUGGGGAACCCGACCCUCCACCCCCUUUCUACAUGGUAGACACCAGCCCUCUGAGCUCUGUCAUGUCGUCACCACCUUACCAUCCCGAAGGGCCCUUUGGUCACCACCGCAUCCCUGAGGAGAUGGGGGAAGGAGAUAUUCAUCACUAUGCCGUCUCAAGCUUCCCCCUUCCCCUGACGCUUACCUCUUCCUCUCGCUCCCCGGAGAUCUGGCACAGACCCGAUUUCCCCUUUGCAAGUCUGGAAAGGCCCCACUUCAUUUUCCCACCCCACCACCCUUUGCAUCUCCACCGGGAACCUUUCUUUCCUCCUCCCCAUGUUCUUCCCCUUGGUGCUCUCCAGCCAUCCUCUCUCCAGGUGCCCUCCUACCCCGGUGUUCUGCAGCUGGAGGCCCCAAAGAGCUGUCCAGGCAAGUCUCCCAGCAAGGUCAAGCCUCAGGGCCUUCCAGUCAAGCGUUUAGCUAUGCAAGAGGCACAGAGUCUAGGGAAGUUAAGACACAAAAGCCACGGUAUGGGUGUGCCAGUUUUGCCUUACCCCGACCCAACAGUCCUCAUGGGCAGCCCUAGCACAUUCAGUAGCCUGGACACCCGGUGGUUCGAGCCCACCCCCCGGCUCAGCCCCAGGCAGGCUCGUAGGAUGGAGCCUAGCAUGAUCGUCCUCCAACCUUCCCGCCUCUCGCCCCUCACCCAGAGUCCACUUAGUUCCCACGAGGGCUCCCCAGAGAUUCUAGUGCGACCGCGUCCCCGUCCCAGCUUCGUCCAGCCCUCCAUACCUCCAGAGAUGUCCGAGAUCACCCUGCUUCCACCCUCUUCAGCCAGCUUCUCCCGGAGGUCGUCUCCCUCUUCCUCUCCCGCUCAUGGUCAGGUUAGCAAGAGGGCAAGUCCCAGCUUCCGCUCCCACAUGGCCUUUGCCACCUCCGCCACAAGCUACCCGUCCCAGUCCCCGUCACCCCCCAUGGAAAGCAGCAACAUGUUUGGGCAGAUCCCAAGUGAUCCCAUUGGGCAGAUACCAUCCCAGAGGAGAACUGAGGAGGAGGUCCUUCCGUCCGAGCCCUCUCCACCCCAGUUGUCAGCUUCAGGAAAUCGUCGAGGUGAGCCGGGUGCCCCUGCGGGGUCUGAGAGGUUUGAUGCAUUGAGAUACCAACGUAUUAAAAAGGCCAAGAAGAUGAUGGUGGUCAACAACAACAACUCCAAGUCCAGAAGAAAAACAGGUGUCUCCACCUUUCAGACCCAGCAGGACUACACCUCUCAGGUACUCCAGCCCGAAGAAGCUCUCUACCUCCGCAAGAAGAAGAAACGGCCAGUCAGACAGGACCCGUAUGCCCGCUUCUCCGCUCUGCUGUACCGCCGCCCGCCCCGGGAGGACCGGAAGGCCAUUUUGGCCAGCAUGGAUAACAUGGACCCAGACCAUGCCACUCUCCUCUGACACUGUGGGGGAGUCAGGUUACACUCUUCCCCCAAAAUGCCACAAAACCCCACCUGGAAAAUGACCUCUCAGCGUUGCUCAUUCCCCAGCAUCAAUCAAUGGUUUUAAGUUCCUUUUUUAAGAGAAGUUGAAAGUAAAACAGUGGCYAUCCAAUGUUUCCAAAGUUUUACUCCAGUGCAAAAUAUUUAAUUUGAGGGAAGUAAUACUGUGUGCUACAACAUAGAUUACUUUGAAACAAUUGUUCUAACCAUUUGGGAAAGGACCCGUCUGAGGUUUUCAUUUUCUAUCUCAUCUUUAUACUUCAGUACAGGCGUAGCCCAUUGUAAAAACGGCAUAUGAAGCCUAGUUAGGUCUCAGUUUACAGCACCCGAGUAUCCUCACCUGCCUCACUCUGCUAGCCCUCUAUCACCUCCCAGAGACUCUCCCAUCCACACAGGGUUCUCACUCACAUCCUACAAAAUAUACCUCAUAGCACAGGACAUGGCACCACAACGAGGCUCAGCUAGCUGAACACAACUGUAUUGGCGUGUAUGUUUUUUAUGAUCUUAUAUCUUAUUUAAGCAGGGUUUUGUUGAAAUUUGACACCAUUUUAAUAACUCUAAAUGUGAAAAUCCAAUUGGUAACAAUAUAUACCAACAUUUGAUUAGGUCGAUGUAGGUCUACUAUAAGUCGUAGAAUGAUAUCAUGCAGAUCAAAAAUCUAUCCCUGGGCUCUGGUCUUUUGACACACCAUAACUGAAGUGUUCAUAAUGGCUAUUAGGGAAAUGGAGCAUGUUAUGCUUUACAUAUUUGAUAUGUUGUGGACAUACAGUAUACAUCAUCAAGUAUUCUCUUGGAAUCAUUUAGAAGGUGAUUGUACAGUUAUUCUGUAUAAACAUUCAUUCAAUUUUAUUCUCCCUUAAACCCAUAAAGGAAUGGUGAGUAUUUCCCCUUAUGGGGAAGAUCUGUCAUAAAGUAAGCACAAAAGCUCAUAGAUCUAUUUUGAAUAGGGCGAGGGGAAGGGAUUAAAUUGGGAUUAUGCUCCAUUUGAACAGAACAGGUACUACACUCUAGGCUACUGUACAUCUCUCAAGGCAUACAACCUCACACACUCUACACAACACAGUUACUAUUCAGGUUGGACUUUGGGGGUGUCAUCGUCUGGGAAAGGAGUUUGCACUGGAGCAAAAUUUUGUCUUUUGCCAUUUUGCUAAAUAAUGUUUGUUUUUGUCUUUAUUUGAUGCCAUCUUCACUUGUACUAUUACACUUACUGUAGCGUUGUGAAUAGUUCCGAGGGCUCCAUAUCCUAUUUAAAAAAGUACUAUAGUAAUGCCAAAAAUACUACAACUUCCUUAAUCAAUAAAAACAUCACGUGUACUGUAAUGAGAGGAGGAUAGGAUUUUGUGCCAUAGUAUACUAUAGUAUUUUUUCAUUCAUAUGGGCCUGAUUCGAUGAACAAGAGGCUUAUGAUGGCCUUUAUAUGGCUUCUUCUGGUUGCCCCCUUCAGUUUUGUUUCUUUUUUGGGGGUCUUUUUUUGUCAUUUUGUUCUCAAUUGUUUAUGAAAGUAACUGCGGCAUCUUUUUCUCUUCAUGUGCUUGGAAUUCCACAUGGCUGUGAUGAGGAGAAUGUCUCGACACUUGUCUAUUCUCCUUCGGAAAGGUCAAUGGAGGAGCUUCUUGUGGAAUAACGGCUACGCAGAGCUGCUAAAGUUUUUAUUUUUUUUAAUUUUUUUUCUGUCAUUGAAGGGUGCUUUUUUAUAAAUUGGCAUGUAUUAUCAUGUCGAUAUAGACAUAUCUGGGCUCGUCAAGGCUGAACUGUGUGUGUCAUGGCAAUGGGGGGUUAUCUGGUGAUAGUCAGAAAAGGAGAGGGGUGUUUGGAAUGGUUUCACCCAUACAUGUAGGAACACAGGUGCUGCUGUGCACUUGAGACCAAUUGCUCAUAUGUUUUGGUUCAACUGUUUGGUUCACUGCUGGUUUGACAUUUCCCUGAAUUAUGUAAAGUAGGCACUUUGAUUUGGGUAUAUUAACACAUUUCCCUCAUUGGGUAUCUUAUUGAUACCCCCCCCCCCAAAAAAAUGAUGUUUUGGUAUCUGUUUCAUUACUUCAUUGUUGACAUAGUCAACAUUUUGGGACUUUGUCAACAAUGGACUAAUGAAACAAAUAUCAAAAUAUAGUUUUUGUGUGGAGUUUUCCUUUAAGAGUUGCAACUUCAGGUGCUAACAAACUCACCAAAUCUGAAAGUGGUAUUUCUACUUGCAGAGAGAUUAGUAAUUUCAGAGGAAUGACAGCUACCACAAAUAUGAAAUGAUACUGUAAUUGAUCAUACUUGAUGUUUUAAGGUUGGUGCAAUACAAUUUCAACAUCCAUCUUGGUGCUUCUUAAGCUGGAUGUGUACAUUGAGUCCUAGAGAGUCUGAAUCAUGGAUGCUAAUGCUCAUGUUAUGUUUAUUUUUUGGUGUGUAGAACUUAUAUACUUUGCCUGCAUAUGUAUUUUACAUCAUAAACAGAUGACAUAUUGUGGAUGCCUAGUCAUGUACCUUAAAGAGUUGAAAGAAAGACGAACAAAAUUGCUAAAGAAGAAACUCUCAAAGUUAUUCUACUAUGGUUUUAUGGAGCCAGGUUACAGUGUGUUCUGUUGGACUUCAAGUGAGAAACCUCAACUGAGGAACAAGUUAGAACUUGUGUCAAGUGGCCACCAUUUCUUGACUUUUGUUUGACAGUACAGGACUUUUUGGAUGGUUUAUUAUCAAUUUGUGGCUAAACUGAGCCCGAGUGUUACAUUUGGCGUAGUCGGCAGGAUCAGGAUAUUCUAUUUAUCAGUAAAUCCCCCACGUUGCACUUGUAAACACAUGACAUUGAGUACGGUUACAUGCAUACAAUAAUAUGAUUAUUGUGGAUAGUCAGAUUAAUAUAAUAGUUUGA